CGCAUCUAUGAGGUCCGCCUGACACUUGAUCGAAGGAACGAGAUGCGCCCGUAACAGCCGUUGGAAAGAAGGGAAGAGAAGGGCACGGGGAACACAUGCAGCUGUCUUCAUAUCCUCGCCAACCUGCUUUUGGACUUUUUUGCUUUCCUCCCACAUGCAGAAGUCCGUGUGUUUUCCCGCGGAGGAGAGCCGAGAACUGAUUUCUCAUCAACUGCGUGAAACGACCACACAUUGUUGACUGGCUUUAUGUUGCGCGCUGGGGCUCUUUCUCGUCACCAGAGCGGCGCACUUGAUGGGAAUACAGACAAAAACACUGCUUCUCCUAUUAUGAUGAUUGAAUCAGAUAGAAAUGGACUGGGCUGUGGACUCUGGAAGUUAAUGAAGACAAUCAGUCAGGACGUUCGCCUAUAAGGAAAAAGAAAAAAAAAUUCAUGGAUAUUAAAAAAAGUGCUUAGAGGUAUAAUAUUUUCCCUACGAAAAUAUUUUUUUGAUUUGUUUAACAGCGACCUUGGCCUCAAAGCUUCAAAUCGGGAGUCAGCAUUGAGUGAUUGGUCAUUACAGUCAAGGACAUCCACACAGCAAGUCAAAAAACCCUAGGGAGCCCAGCAACGGUGGUGGCGGAUGUGGUGGUGGUGGAAGAGGCGGUGAGUCAGUCGCCUUUGCAUCUGCAGCAAAUGAUCCAUCAUUUGUAAAGACUUUUAACAAAGAGCAAGUUCCUAUUGGAAGGAAUCAGUCCAAUAUGAAGGACGUGUCAUUUGCGGAUUGUCUCUUUGUGGGCUUGGCCAUGGCCUCUUUUGUUGUGGCCACUGAGGUGAGGUCUGAUUGUCCAAAGCUCUGUGUAUGUGAAAUCAGACCUUGGUUUUCUCCAAGUUCAGUCUACAUGGAAGUCCAAACAGUUGACUGUAAUGACUUGGGAUUGUUCAGCCUACCAGAAAGAUUACCAUUGGGCACACAAGUACUAUUACUGCAAACAAAUAACGUUGCCAAGAUUGACAAACCACUGGAUUACCUGGCUAAUAUUACUGAGAUAGAUAUAUCCCAAAACAACUUGUCCUCUAUCAAUGACAUCCAUCUGGGCAAUCUUUCUCAGCUUGUAUCCCUUCAUAUGGAGGAGAAUAGAUUAUGUCAACUACCUGAGCAAUGUCUGUCAAAUAUAGCUAAUCUUCAAGAGCUCUACAUGAAUCACAACCUCAUCUCCUACAUUUCUCCAAUGGCAUUCCAAGGCCUCAGCAACCUUGUGCGACUUCAUCUGAAUUCUAACAAGCUGAAGGUUAUUAAAAGAGAGUGGUUUGAACCCAUGCCCAAUCUGGAGAUCCUAAUGAUUGGUGAAAAUCCCAUUCUUUCUAUUGAUGAAAAAAAUUUCAAACCUCUCAGUAAUCUCCGCAGUCUUGUUCUUACCAGAAUGAACUUGUCUCAUCUACCCGACGAUGCACUGGCUGGUCUCGACAACUUAGAGAGCAUCUCUUUCUAUGAUAAUAUCUUCUCUGAAGUGCCACAUUCUGCUCUGAGAAAUGUAAAAAGUCUUAAAUUUUUGGAUCUAAAUAAGAACCCAAUUUCCAGGAUACAGAGAGGGGACUUUGUGGAUAUGCUUCACCUGAAAGAACUGGGAAUUAAUAGCAUGCCAGAACUAGUUUCCAUUGAUAGCUUCGCUCUUAAUAACCUCCCUGAGCUAACUAAAAUAGAAGCUACUAACAAUCCUAAACUCUCCUAUAUCCAUCCCAAUGCUUUUUACAAACUACCACGGCUGGAAACCCUUAUGCUAAAUGGCAAUGCCCUAAGUGCCCUCCACAGGAUUACUGUUGAAUCGCUCCCAAAUCUCAGAGAGGUCAGCAUGCAUAGCAACCCCAUUCGCUGUGACUGUGUAGUCCGCUGGAUGAACAUGAACAAAACCAACAUUCGCUUCAUGGAGCCAGAUUCACUGUACUGUGUAGAACCUCCGGAGUAUGAGGGUCAACACGUUCGGCAGGUGCACUUCAGGGAAAUGAUGGAGAUUUGUCUGCCACUGAUAUCACCAGAAAGCAUGCCAGGACACAUCAAAACACAGAAUGGAAGCUCUGUUUCACUACAUUGCCGGGCUUUUGCUGAACCAGAGCCUGACAUCUACUGGAUCACCCCAUCUGGUACCAGAGUCUUGCCAAACACCGUGUCUGACAAGUUCUACAUGCACCCUGAAGGAACAUUUGACAUCUAUGACAUAACAGAAAGUGAAGCUGGUGUUUACACCUGUGUUGCCCAUAAUCUGGUUGGAGCUGAUCUUAAAUCUGUUUCAGUAGAGGUGAAUGGAUAUUUUCCCCAAACCACAAAUGGGUCUCUGAAUCUUGCAGUCAAAUCAGUGGGGACAAACUCCAUUCUUGUUUCCUGGAAGACUGGGCCUGGCACAUUGGCCCCAAACAUUAAAUGGUACACUGUAUCGAAUGCUAACCACCCCACCACUGCGUUCACAACCAGGGUUCCUUCAGAUGUCAAUGUCUACAACCUCACUCAUCUCAGCCCUGCCACUCGGUACACAGUAUGUGUGGAUAUUCGCAGCAUCCCCUACAACCAUGACACCAAAUGCAUCAGUGUCAUCACUAAGGGAUUGGAGCUGGCAGCCAAGGACACAGAAAAAUGGGAUGCAGCAGUAAUCACUGUCUUUGGAGUGCUCUUGGCUGUGAUUUCAGUGGCCUGCCUCUUUGUUUAUGUGUCUCUGAGGAACCACCACAUUUAUGGGGAUAUAAGGAAAUGCGAUUCCAAAGCUUUGCUGACACCAGUGGAGGCUACUGGUACGCACUCUACUUUCUUUACAAAGCUCUGGGUUUCAGGGAAAGGACUGCCAAGUGGAGUGGAAGUUAAAGCCACAGUCAUAAAUGUAUCUGACAAUGCCUUUUAAGGAGCCCAGCUGUGAGGAGCACCUCAUACCACUACCGUGAAUGGACAAGGCCAUGAGCCGGGGUGAACGAUGUUGUACUGUUUUCAAAGGCAUACCCAUUGCUGAUCCCCAGCACAGAUAAACUAGCAAGUCUAUGAUUGGACUGGGAUGGAAUGCGUUGAACAAGAUUACUUGCCAUCCCAGUUGAAGAGGUGGCUUUGUAAACGUUACAUCAAACUAAGCAAACAUCAACAGGAAGGGGAAUUUACUGCAAAAAGAUAUACUUCUAUACCAUUCAUCUGGAAAUGCAGGCAGAGGAAAGAAGGUGAAGAAGAAGAUGAUGGUGGUCAACUCUCUUGUUAUUGACUGUGAAAUGUGUUCAGAGUUGUGGAACUGUCUGUGUGGUCCCAAGCAAUACCGUCUGUGCUUUGUCAAACAUCCAUAGACGAGUUAGAGAAACAGUUAUAACACCUGUCUAUUAUGGGAAAGGAGAUUUAGUAGAGUAGACAAAUUACAGUGACUAUGGUGUAAGCCUUUUGAUGAACUAUACCCCCUUUUUUCUAUUUAAAAAUGGAUUCUUGAUUUUACUUGGAAAUAUUGUUAUAUAUUCUAUUAUGUUGAUGUAAUGACAAAUCCUCUGUAUGUGAAGAGUUUAAAUGGGUUUUAAAUUACAGCAAGGAGCGGACUACUUUUGAUUACAGCAUCACAUUAAGCUUAAUGAAAUUCAGCUACAAAAUGGGUAUCUAGAGAGGAGAUUUGCCAAAUGGCUGUUUAUGCUUUGUAGUUCUAAUUGCAACGGUGACUGA